CCUGUACAAGUUUGGUGCAAUGAGUUUGCAAACACAGUUCCAGAUAAAGCCUAUGCCGCCUCCACUUCACGUCUAAUGAAACUCCUUGAAGUUGAGGAUGAGCUCGCCGAGAACCUAAGUGGCUACGUGGAAAAACUGAAAAGGAAGCUAAGCAUUGUAGAAAAAUCCCUAUGUAACCUGAAAGCUAAGCACAUCCAGAUGAAGAUGGAUUAUGAAACGUACUUUGGAAAUCCUUUAAACAGCUUUAGUUUAAUUUAUCGACUUAGUUCAAGCUGGAAAAUGUGGUUGAAAUAUACCUCAGAAUCACAGAAAGAAGAAUUGGAACAUAUCGAUGAGGCCCACCGGAUGCGAACUCAGCUACCGACUUCCUCCGAUUUACAAAUGGCGUCCCGUGGCAUCGACGAGCUAAUGGCCUAUUAUAAGCUAACGCCGGAAGAGCUCGGAGUCGGCAACUUAUCAGGAUACACACGUCCAGAAACAGCUCUUUCAUCUCUGGAUUGUUAUGCUCUUGGGGAGUUUUGUAUACAAAUUCGAAAGGAUGCACUAGCUGAAGCGUGGUUCAAUGCCUCCCUUAGACUAUUUAAGGAAAAUAACUCCGUUUACAAUGUUUAUGAUUUUAGUAGAACCACCAUUGAUACGUCCUGGGGAGCACUGCUGAUAAAAAAUAACCAAUAUGACGCCGCCUUUAAUCACUUCGGGCAGAGUUCGCUAUCAAAUAUUAGCCGUGAAGUGCAAAAUCAAUUUGAAGAAGACUUGGGCGCAAAGAGAAACUGUAGUGCCAAGUUUCGACUGCCCAAUCACCUUCACUGCCGCUACAAUAGCUCCACAUCACCCUUCCUGCACAUUGCACCACUCAAGAUGGAGGAGAUUAGCACAGAUCCCUACAUGGUGGUCUACCAUGAUGUGAUCUACGAGAACGAGAUAAAUUGGUUGCUGGACAACAGCGAUUUCAGAACGUCCCUGGUGGGCGAAAGUCAGAUCUCAACACUAAGAACUUCUCAGGACAUGCCCUUUGGCGCGAACAGUGGAGAGGUGAUGAGAAACAUUGAAAAACGGAUAAAAGAUAUGACGGGGCUGAGCAUGGACCUUUCCGAGGAUUUUAUGCUUAUAAAUUAUGGAAUAGGAGGAACCUAUAAGAUGCACUACGACUUUUAUGUCUAUUCUGAACCGCUUCGAUUCCUAAGAGGCGAACGUAUAGUCACAGUUCUGUUUUAUCUAGGCGAUGUGGAGUUAAGUGGAUCAACUGUCUUUCCUUUUCUGAACAUAUCCAUAACGCCCAAGAAGGGAUCGGCUGUCAUGUGGUAUAACCUCCACAAUUCCGGGGACGUCCACCAAAAAACACAGCAUUGUGCCUGCCCGGUGGUAGUUGGUUCCAAAUACGUGCUAACCAAGUGGAUAAACGAGCUUCAUCAAACAUUCAUCACUCCAUGUAUGAAGGAUUCCAACAUACACAGUUAAUGAGAAUCUUUUUCCCCUCAAUUAAAACCUUAAAAACUUAAAUCAGUAUGACAGUCUAUUGAAAAGUAUAGAAAUAAAGCGGAUUCAUUUAAUAUCA